UGCAACUACGGUUUUGAUUUCUUUACACUUCAGUCAUGGCUCCUCCCUAUUGUUCCAACACGCUCUGUUGCUGCGCCACAGUAAACCCAAUAAUCAGCGAACGUAGAGUUACAAAACCAAGUUUCUUUCAGUGUUGGGGGAGCUUUUUAUAUAUAAACCACGAGAGAUGGGGUUGUCGGAAAAUUCAUUCUGCGACUCCAUUAGCAGUAAUUAAUGUAGAAGAGAUGAGAAAAACACGAGCUAAAGAAGAAAAAGCAAGGUUUCAGUGGAUUGAGAUUGGCCCCAAUAUCACAGAAGAACAAAAGCAAGCCAUAUCUAAACUUCCACCUAAAAUGACCAAAAGAUGCAGGGCACUCAUGAAGCAGAUUAUUUGCCUUUCUCCUGAAAAAGAAAGUUUAGCGGACUUGUUGGCUGCUUGGGUCAGGAAUACGAAGCCGAGGAGAGCUGAUUGGCUUGUUGUUCUUAAGGAAUUGAAACUAAAGGAACAUCCGCUGUAUCUCCAGGUGGCAGAACUUGCUGUACUAGAAGAAUCUUUUGAAGCUAAUAUACGUGACUAUACAAAGAUAAUCCAUGGUUAUGGGAAACAAAACCAGCUUCAGGCUGCUGAAAAUAUACUAUUAGUCAUGAAGAGAAGAGGCUUCAUCUGUGAUCAGGUAACCCUAACCACCAUGGUCCACAUGUACAGCAAGGCUGGCAAUCUUAAGCUUGCAGAAGAAACUUUUGAAGAGAUCAAGCUGCUUGGUGAACCAUUGGAUAAAAGAUCAUAUGGCUCAAUGAUCAUGGCCUAUGUUAGAGCUGGAAUGCAUGACCAAGCAGAGGUUUUGCUUAGAGAAAUGGAUACACAAGAUAUAUAUGCAGGAAGCGAAGUUUACAAGGCAUUGUUAAGAGCCUAUUCCUUGCUUGGUGAUUCCAAAGGAGCUCAAAGGGUGUUUGAUGCAAUUCAGUUUGCAGGUAUUACUCCAGAUGCUAGGAUGUGUGGGCUCCUUAUAAAUGCCUAUCAGAUAGCAGGUCAAAGUGAAAAGGCAUAUGUUUCAUUUGAGAAUAUGAGGAAGGCUGGUUUUGAACCUAGUGAUAAAUGUGUAGCAUUAGUGUUGGCUGCAUAUGAAAAGGAGAACAACCUUAACAGGGCCUUGCAAUUUCUGAUGGAUUUGGAGAGUGAUGGAAUUAUUGUUGGAAAAGAGGCUUCAAGUGUAUUAGCUGGGUGGUUCAAAAGACUUGGCGUGGUGGAACAGGUGGAACAUGUCUUGAGAGAAUAUGCUUUUAGAGAGGCAACUUGCAAAAUUCCUGCCUCCUAAUCAAAAUGUUCAAGCCCUUUCUGGUUUCAAUCAUGGGAAAUCGCCUCAGUUCUCAUGUACAUAAAUUAGGCUCUUUUUGAAUGCCAAGAUGACAAAGAGAUGGAAGUCCUGUAAAAUCAGCAGUUAUUUUAUGGGGUCAUUACCCAUUGGCAAUCUAUUUUUCUUUUUCUUCUUCUCUAGAUGUAAAUUUCUUGCUGAUUUCAUUGUAGUUCCUGAUUUUUGGCA